UCCUCUCCGUCCAGCGCUCGCUGCAGCCGGGCCGUCUCGCCGUCCAGGGUGACGGCCAGAGACCGCAGCUUUCCGCAGAAGCCUCGGAUCAGGUCCACGGACGUCCCCAUCGCUCGGCCUUAGCGCCCGCGCCCGUUUGAAUCCCAGCUUCCGAAGCGCCACUGGCUCCGCGAGUCGCGCGAGGUUCCUCUCGCGAGAGCUGAGGAUUCGCGCGAGGAAGCGGGCGGCGCGCUUCCGGCUUCCGGCGUCGUGCCGGCCCCUGUGCGGAGGGCGUCUCCGAGGCGCGCGGCUGGCACCAUGUUCCUGACCGCGCUCCUGCGCCGUAACCGCAUCCCCGGCCGGCAGUGGAUCGGGAAGCACCGGCGGCCGCGGCCCGUCUCCGCUCAGGCGAAGCAGAACAUGAUCCGCCGCCUGGAGACCGAGGCGGAGAACCAGUACUGGCUGAGCCGGCCCUUCCUCACGGCCGAGCAGGAGCGCGGCCACGCCGCGGUGCGCAGGGCGGCCGCCUUCCAGGCCCUCAAGGCGGCGCAGGCGGCGCGCUUCCCCGCGCACCGGCGGCUGGAGGAGCAGCUCGGCCACCUGCUCGUGACCCGGAAGUGGUCGUGACGCCAGGCCGGCCGGCGGCGAGUCCCGCUGCGGCGCGGAGCCCCCGCCCGUCGGCGCCCCUGCCCCGCGGGGACGCGGAAGGGCGCCUUUGCAGUCAAACCUACUCCUAAGAGCGGCCUUUUCUUCUGAGAUGCGCUGGUCAAAGCGGACGUUAAAAUGAAAAGGUGUUUAAAAAGAAGAGUUGGGAUACAGUUAAUCAGUUCUCCAGUUGAAGAUGUUCCCGUCUUUCAGCCAGCCUUCUUCUGAAUGUAAUAAAAAUAGUCAAAGAGU